UACGCUUUGUCAACUUAUUGAUUUUGAUCCGUGUUUCAGGAUGUUUACAAAUAGAGAAUCCAGGAACUUUAAGUGCACAACUUUGAAGAACAAAGCAUAAAGUCUGUUUUAACGCUUACCUUACCCGAAUGCUAUGGAUAUUAAUCGAUGUCAUCAUCAAUAGUGACAAGAAUAAGAAAAAUUUGUUCUGCAAAUUGUUUCAUUUAUUAUUAAUACUUACAAUGAAUACAGCUCCAAAGGCCAAAUUUACGGAACUUCAUUAUACCAUUCUGUACGCCAAAUGCUUGAAUACAUAUAAGCUCUUGAUAAAAAAAUGUGAUAAUUGACUUAAUUAAGCCUUGUCUCCUAUGGGGAAAAUUAAUGGCUCUCAACACGCAUGCGUAAACAUAGAAAUAUGCGACAAACCAUUCUUUCAUAAAUAUAUUAUACUGUCUACGUAUAAUGGAGAUCAUAGUUUUUAAUUUCGUUAUUGUGAUUUUCAACAUUUUCGGUAGAUUUUGUAGUGUUAAACCUACCAGUGAUUUUAUCCAGUUUAGAAGAAUCAACGCUUUAGAUGGGAUAACAUGUCAGGCUUCCCAAAAUAUUUUUAAUGUAACAGGUGUACAAAGUGAAAUCCAGUGCUCACUGCUUUGUACAGAAGCACAGACAUGUGUUGGAGUGUUUCACCAGCCGCAAACAAAGGAAUGCUUUGGCUGCAGCUCUUUCACAGCAGACGAGACAUUGUCACGUGCGGGAAUAUGGUUCUAUGGACGAGUUCCUGGGACAAAUGUUGCUGAAGGCAAGGAGACGACAAUGUCUAGUGUGUCGAGCGUAUAUACCGAUUAUGGGGGAGAAAAGGGUGUAGAUGGCAUCACGAACCAAGAUCUCUUUCAAGGCUUCUGCUUUCAUACAAACUAUGAAACUAGUCCUUGGUGGCGGGUUGAUCUCGGAGGCAAAUAUGAAAUCUUCAGUAUCAAGUUAUAUAACAUGUUGAAUUCCGGUAUUUAUUCAGAUUACUUUUAAAUAGAAAUGAAUAUAUGAAUUUAGAAUUAUUUAUAAUUAAAAAUCAGUAUUAUAACUUUUGGAUAAUGAUCCAUUUACAUU